UCAGAGUACUUGACUGUAUAUCCAGUCCCAGCACUGAGACACAGACUGGGUGAGAAUUCAAGAGAUUACCAGAACAGGAUCAACCAUGGGGAAUCAAAACACUGUCUUGAGACCUGAUCACUGUAAAGGGACCGGCCUUGACCAACACCCCCAAACACCCUCCUCCUACGACUGCCACAGAUGGUGCCUGGGACCCCUGAGCUUCCACCCACAAACCUACGGCUCCCAGAUCACAAUGCACCCCGGCCACCACCGGGCGGAGCGGAGAGACACCUUCAGUGACGGCCUCUUGUUCACCAGCCGGCCGGUGGCGCUGAUGGAGCGCGUGACCCUGCGAGUGGAGGAGUGCGUGGAGUACUGGAGAGGAGCUUUGCGGCUGGGCUUCACCACUCACUGCCCCUCCCACAUGAACCCCGAUUCUCUGCCCCCUUACGCCUGCCCCGAUCUGGAGGCCCAGUCUGGGUUUUGGGCGGGGGCGAUCCCGGAGGAGUGCGCCCGGCAGGGGAGUAGGAUCACGUAUUGGGUGAACGGGAAAGGGGAGGUGCUGUACAGAGUGAACGGAGGAGAGACUUUCCUGCUGCUCAGAGGGGUCAAUGUGAGCAGGACACUGUGGGGGCUGAUGGACGUGUACGGACAGACACGCUCACUGCAGAUACUAGGCUCGAAGAAGAGCAGUGCAUUCGGCACCCAAGCCUCCUGCCCUCGACACGCGCCCUUCAACCGACGAGACACCCCAGUGAACCUCCACUUCAGAGCAGACCCCCAAACAGGGGGCGAUGAAGUCUGCGUGGUUUGCCUCUCCAGUCCCGUGAACACCGUUCUCGCGUGUGGUCACGCUUGCAUGUGUGUCCCGUGUGCGGACAGCGUGUGGGACCGUAUCGGAACAUGUCCUAUAUGUCGGAAACUUAUCGUUGAGAUCACGCUAACCGGCUCCAAAUCUGAGUGAUCGCAACUGGGACUGGGAGUGAGUGAAGCAUUAAGAAGACUGGACGGGUUCUAGAAAUGGGAUUCCCUGGAUAAACUGCUGCUGUAUCCCCAAUCCAUCAUUUGAAUGGCAACGCAGGCAGAGAGACAGACAGACUCACAGACAGUGGUUCUGUAGUGGCUAAGGUACAAAGGUACCAGAAGCCCAUUCCUCCACAUUCUGUCCAGGGCAUUUGAAUUUGAAGAUAUUACAAAAAAAUUCUAAGUUAUUUAAAAGCCGUGUCCCACAAUCGUGUACUGAAACAUGAUUCCUCUGUGAAUUAUGCUCGUCCAACCUUUACCAUGCACUGCACUCAAAACCUGUUGACUCUCCAGUUUGUUUACUUCAUGACCAUUGUAGAUUGUGACGAGUCAUCUGGCAGGUCCUGCAACUGGUAGGAUGGGACAAGCCAUGACUUUAUAUACACUGAGCCAUGAUUGGAUUAAUGCAAGAGGACUGAAUACCUGUUAUGAAAGUAAAUGCAUCGAUACGCAUCGUGCACGACCCCUGCAGGGAAUUUUCACUGCUAUUGCACGCAUACUGUGAACUGUGUAAAUAUUGGCUCUAAAUAUUGUAUGUGCAAUUAAUAUUGUAUUGUGUUGCUCAAGUAUGUAUUUUUACAAUUUGUAACAUGACAGCAGACCCUGAUAGUGAAGUGACUCAGAUGCCUGUACAUUGUUGUAAUCAGAUAAUGCCACAUUAAGAGCAGUAGACAUGUUUUCAAAGCAUUUCCUCUGUGCUUUAAUGAAGUCCUGUUUCUUUUUUUAAAGAGGUGUAAAACAGAACCAAGUCAAACAAAAUCCAAGUUCUCUUUGAUAUUCAAAAGGUGUUGGUUUCUCAUUUUGAAACAUUUCUGUGAUUUUUUUUUUUUUUUUUCUCCUUUCAUAAAGUUGAUUAAAGACUGGAGUGUAAAUGCUUUUAAAAAUGUGGCCCAUAGCAUUUAGUUAUUAUCAUUAUUGAACUAUAUAGAGUAUACAGCAUUGAGUACUUUGAGAUACAGGCUGCUUUACACCCCAUUGAAUGUCACAGUGACCACAUAUCAGUUUGCAUGUACACUGUAUGAAAUUCUAGAACCCCCAGUGUAUUGAUAUGUUACUGUACUGCAUUAAGUGUAGUAAUGCUGUAAAAAAUGACAUUGUAAAUAAUGAAUAUUUUGUUACUUGUUAUCAUGUUUUUUAUAGCGUUGUGGGAAGGACAAUUCCAUUGUGAAUAAACACUGUUAAU